AUGGACGACUACGACGAGGCGGUGCUGUUCACCUUUGCGCUGCUCGAGUCGCGGCUCGCGCGCCUGGAGUACCUGCUGAGCGGGCCGCGCGCGCCCGAGGGCAAGCCACAGACAGUCGCUGACCGCAUCCACCGCAUUGAGCAGACGCUGCAGCAGCUGGCGGGCAAGACAGCGCUGCUGGACAACGUGAACGAGCUGUUGACCAAGCAUAAAGACGUGCUGAUGGCGAAGCCCGAGGAACCCUCGGUCCCGCUCUCGACGCCGCAGAAGGCGCUCCUCGUCGUCGAGCGCGCGACAUCCUUUGCGACGACGGCCUCGCAGCUCAAGGCGCUCGACGACCAGCCAGUCCCCGCCACGGCCGGGUUCGUCAAGCUCGCGGCGCUGCGCCCGCGCAUUGCAGAGGCAGAGGACCGGCACCUGCAGCAGGCGCUCAAGAUUGCGGAGCUGCGCAGACGCACUGGGCUGCUGGUGCAGCGCGACAAGCAGGUGCACUGGGUGGCGGCGGGGCGGGCGUGGGCGGGCUAUCAGGAGAGGCUGGUGCGGGGGUACAAGGGGCUGCAGAGGGAGGAGGGGAGAUUGAGGGCUGAGCGGGAAGACGGGGAGGGCGAGACGCUCGCUCUCCUCGUCCGCACCCUCGACGGCCUCGACACCAUUCCCUCGCGCCUCACCGACUCUGCCGCGCCGCUGGCCCUCGACGCCCGUGCCUCUGUCUGCCGUGCCACCCGCGCCCACGCAGAGCUUGCGCCCGCAUACAUAGCAGCCCUCCCGCGGCCUGACGCGCUGCUGGCACGACCGUCGCUGGACUGA